GUCUUACUUAACUCUCCCGAUGUAGUGGCAGAUUGACGGAGCGUUAGAAGUGAGAAAUACAGUUCAUGGUUUAUUGUCAUUUCAAACAAGAACAAAGUGUGGACAUGAAAUCACUCACCGGGUAGAAAAGACACUCGAAACUUUUCCUCAGCCAACCGGCAUCAUGAAGCCGCUGCUGCGCCUCAGCGUCUCUGUGUGGGCUCUCCUGGUCUUCAGUGCCCUCCUUAAGGACUCCCGAGCUGCAUGUGCCGAUCGUGAAUGUGACAACAAUGAAACGAUAAUAAUAACAACAACAACAACAACAAUCGAGUUUCAAUCUAAACCAAACUGCAGCUUAUCCGUUUCAAACAUAUCUGGAAAUGGUUCUUUAGUUGGUCUGAGUCCUGGAGCUGUCUAUAAUAUCUCCCUUGAUUGUUUGAACUGCUGCAAAGUGGUCACAACUAAGCCUGAACGAGUCAUCGAUCUUAAUGUCACUGGAAUCAGUACAACAUCUAUAAGUCUCAGCUGGAAUAAACCAACAGGAAACAUCUCCUUCUAUAAAGUCCAGUGGGACGGAAACACACGAAAUGUGACUGAAACAUCUAAAACCAUUACUCAACUGGGAGUUGGGAAAAAGUACACUAUAACUGUAACUGCAGUGGCAGAUGAUGGUAGAACUGAAGGAAUGAGUCAAGUUAUUUCUCAGUACACAAAGCCUUAUGUAGUCAAAAGUCUCGGUCUCAGUGAAUUCACAACAUCCUCUGUGUCUCUGAACUGGACUAAACCUGAAGGAAACAGCCCCUUCUAUAGAGUACAGUGGACUGAUGGGACAAGCAACGAGACUGUUAAUGUCAAUGAAACAAAAAUAAAUGUCACAGCACUGACUGCUGGAGUGCAGUACAAUUUUACCGUCACUGCAGUGGCUGGAGAUAAUGAAACAGUAGGAGAGGCAAAGACAGUUUCACAGUAUACAAAACCUGAAGUAGUCAGAAAUCUCAGUGUCAGUGAAUUCACAACAUCCUCUGUGUCUCUGACCUGGACUAAACCUGAAGGAAACAGCUCAUCCUAUAAAGUACAGUGGACAGGUGGAGAAAUCAAUGGGACUGCAACGGUGACAGAAACAUCUAAGAUCAUUACUAACCUAACUGCUGGUGUCCAAUAUACAAUAACUGUUACUGCAGUGGCAGAUGAUGGUCACACUGAAGGACAGAGUGCUACUGUAGCUCAGUACACAAAACCUGAAGUAGUCAGAAAUCUCAGUGUCAGUGAAUUCACAACAUCCUCUGUGUCUCUGACCUGGACUAAACCUGAAGGAAACAGCUCAUCCUAUAAAGUACAGUGGACAGGUGGAGAAAUCAAUGGGACUGCAACGGUGACAGAAACAUCUAAGAUCAUUACUAACCUAACUGCUGGUGUCCAAUAUACAAUAACUGUUACUGCAGUGGCAGAUGAUGGUCACACUGAAGGACAGAGUGCUACUGUAUCUCAGUACACAAAACCUGAAGUAGUCAGAAAUCUCAGUGUCAGUGAAUUCACAACAUCCUCUGUGUCUCUGACCUGGACUAAACCUGAAGGAAACAGCUCAUCCUAUAAAGUACAGUGGACAGGUGGAGAAAUCAAUGGGACUGCAACGGUGACAGAAACAUCUAAGAUCAUUACUAACCUAACUGCUGGUGUCCAAUAUACAAUAACUGUUACUGCAGUGGCAGAUGAUGGUCACACUGAAGGACAGAGUGCUACUGUAGCUCAGUACACAAAACCUGAAGUAGUCAGAAAUCUCAGUGUCAGUGAAUUCACAACAUCCUCUGUGUCUCUGACCUGGACUAAACCUGAAGGAAACAGCUCAUCCUAUAAAGUACAGUGGACAGGUGGAGAAAUCAAUGGGACUGCAACAGUGACAGAAACAUCUAAGAUCAUUACUAACCUAACUGCUGGUGUCCAAUAUACAAUAACUGUUACUGCAGUGGCAGAUGAUGGUCACACUGAAGGACAGAGUGCUACUGUAGCUCAGUACACAAAACCUGAAGUAGUCAGAAAUCUCAGUGUCAGUGAAUUCACAACAUCCUCUGUGUGUCUGACCUGGACUAAACCUGAAGGAAACAGCCCCUUAAAUAGAGUACAGUGGACUGAUGGGACAAACAACGGGGAUGUUAAUGUCAGUGAAACAAAAAUAAAUGUCACUGCACUGACUGCUGGAGUGCAGUACCAUUUUACCGUCACUGCAGUGGCUGGAGAUAAUGAAACAGUAGGAGAGGCAAAGACAGUUUCACAGUAUACAAAGCCUGAUAUAGUCAGGGAUCUCACUGUCAGUGAAAUCAAAACGUCCUCUGUGUCUCUGACCUGGACUAAACCUGAAGGAAACAGCCCAUCCUAUAAAGUACAGUGGACAGGUGGAGAAAUCAAUGGGACUGCAACAGUGACAGAAACAUCUAAGAUCAUUACUAACCUAACUGCUGGUGUCCAAUAUACAAUAACUGUUACUGCAGUGGCAGAUGAUGGUCACACUGAAGGACAGAGUGCUACUGUAUCUCAGUACACAAAACCUGAAGUAGUCAGAAAUCUCAGUGUCAGUGAAUUCACAACGUCCUCUGUGUCUCUGACCUGGACUAAACCUGAAGGAAACAGCUCAUCCUAUAAAGUACAGUGGACAGGUGGAGAAAUCAAUGGGACUGCAACGGUGACAGAAACAUCUAAGAUCAUUACUAACCUAACUGCUGGUGUCCAAUAUACAAUAACUGUUACUGCAGUGGCAGAUGAUGGUCACACUGAAGGACAGAGUGCUACUGUAUCUCAGUACACAAAACCUGAAGUAGUCAGAAAUCUCAGUGUCAGUGAAUUCACAACGUCCUCUGUGUCUCUGAACUGGACUAAACCUGAAGGAAACAGCUCAUCCUAUAAAGUACAGUGGACAGGUGGAGAAAUCAAUGGGACUGCAACGGUGACAGAAACAUCUAAGAUCAUUACUAACCUAACUGCUGGUGUCCAAUAUACAAUAACUGUUACUGCAGUGGCAGAUGAUGGUCACACUGAAGGACAGAGUGCUACUGUAUCUCAGUACACAAACCCUGAAAUUGUCAAAAGUCUCAGUGUCAGUGAAUUCACAACAUCCUCUGUGUCUCUGAACUGGACUAAACCUGAAGGAAACAGCCCCUUCUAUAGAGUACAGUGGACUGAUGGGACAAACAACGGUGAUGUUAAUGUCAGUGAAACAAAAAUAAAUAUCACGGCACUGACUGCUGGAGUGCAGUACAAUUUUACAGUCAUUGCAGUGGCUGGAGAUAAUGAAACAGUAGGAGAGGCAAAGACAGUUUCACAGUAUACAAAGCCUGAUGUAGUCAGGAAUCUCACUGUAAGUGAAAUUACAACAUCCUCUUUGUCUCUGACCUGGACUAAACCUGAAGGAAAGAGCUCAUCCUAUAAAGUACAGUGGACAGGUGGAGAAAUCAAUGUGCUUGCGAAUAUGACUGAAACAUCUAAGAUCUUUAUUAACCUAACUGCUGGUGUCCAAUAUACAAUAACUGUUACUGCAGUGGCAGAUGAUGGUCACACUGAAGGACAGAGUGCUACUGUAUCUCAGUACACAAAGCCUGAUAUAGUCAGGAAUAUCACUAUCACUGCAUUCACAACAUCCUCUUUGUCUCUGAGCUGGACCAAACCAGAGGGAAACAGCUCCACCUAUAAAGUACAAUGGACAGGUGGAAAUAUAAAUGAUAGCUGCAGUGUCAAUGUAACAUCCAAGACCAUUACUAACCUGGCUGCGGGUGUCCAUUAUACAAUAACUGUUACUGCAGUGGCAGGUGAUGGUCACACUGAAGGACAGAGUACUACUGUAUCUCGGUACACAAAACCGGAUAUAAUUAAGGGACUUGUCGUGUCCACGUACACAUCUGCCAUCUCACUGAAAUGGAAGUCAUCUGGUGACAACUUUAAGUACAGGGUGCAGUGGCACAACGGUGGAACACCAGAGAUAACAUCCACAAACACAAGUCUUGCUGAGUUAUCUAACUUGAGCCCUGGUACAAACUACACAAUUACAGUUGUUGCCAUCGCAAGUGAUAGUAAAACAGAAGGAGACCCCUACAUAUUCUCCUCAUUCACAAAACCUGCUGUGGUGAAUAAUCUCACUGAGACUGUGGUCACAACAUCAUCUGUAUCUCUGACCUGGACUCAACCGGAGGGCAACACAACCUCGUACAUAGUUCUGUGGACUGCGGAAGAGAAAGUCCUCAAUAGCACCACCAGUGAAACCUCCUUUACGAUCAAUGGUUUAAUCCCUGGAACCAAGUACAAUGUUACUGUGGCUGCAGUUGCUGGAGAUUCCUCAAACAUGGGAGAAGGAACCACAACACCUAUUGCCACAAGGCCUGUGAAUCCUGAAAAUAUCAUGGUCACAGCAAAAGGAACCGAUAAUCUGAACAUCAAAUGGACUUUACCUGAAGGGAGGGUGGAUUACUACAUGGUGAACAUCUCAAAUGAGAAUCUGCAAUAUUCAUAUAGCAAUACAACAACAAUCACCACAGCCCACUUUACCAGUUUACAUCCUGGGAGAGUCUUCGUCAUCACAGUGACGGCCGUAGCUGGAAAGUUCAGCAAUACGUCUGACCAGUAUCCGUUUGCCACUGUUCCCACGCCUCCUGGUUCCAUCCGUAUCAGUCAGGUGACAGACACUUUGCUCUAUCUGCAAUGGGCGACUCCCAUCCAGAUGGAGGGUGCUCCAGACAUCAGCUUCCAUAUCACCUACCAGCCCAAGGGUGGGAAUUCACAAAAUGAGAGCAGCACAGUCAAUGAAAAAAUGCUGUCCCUGCUGUCCUCUGGAACUGAAUACCAUAUAACUGUGAAAACAGUUGGGCCCCAAAAUUUAAUGAGCUCGGCUGUCAGUAAAUCUGUGUUCACUCUGCCCAAACCUGUGUCGAAUCUUGUAGCCAGCCCUAAUUCCACCACCUCAAUAAAAGUGAAAUGGUCAUUACCAUUGGAUGUCAUGCCGUACUACGAAUACAUUGUUCAAACCUACAAUGUUACAGGAACACUUGUUAACAACCAAACAGUCAAUAAUACUAGCACUGAUGUACCUGAUCUGCAGCCAGGAACUAGAUACAAUAUCAGUGUCACAACAAUGGCAGCACAAGGAAUUAAAUCCACAGCAGAACAGACCUUCAGUUACACAAUGCCCAAAGCAGUGACCAACCUCACAGUGACAGAUACAAAACCAACUGCCAUCCAGCUGACGUGGCUCAGACAAAGUGAUCAUAAGCCUUCCUACUCCUACCUGGUGAAAGCGCUCCUUGGCACCGAGGUGGUUCAUAAUAAUUCAGUGAAUGUGGAAAAUUACACCUUCUUCAAUCUGAUCCCUGGAACACCAUACAUUUUCGAGGUGUUCACAGUUGUAGAGGGAGUCAAGUCCACUGUGGAAAGCAUAACAACCUACACAAAGCCUGAAGCAGUUUCUGACAUCGUUGCUAUCGGAAGCACAACUGACAUGUCAGUGAGUUGGAAGCUUGCGUCAGGGCUGGUGGAUUCCUACACUGUCCUGCUCUACAGAGACUCACAGCUAGAGAAAAACAACACGGAUCUGAGCAACACUACAACAAACACAGUGUUUCAUGGCCUGAAACCAGGAGUGCUUUACUGUGUGGUGGUGAUCACCAGAAGUAUACCUUCUGAAAGUAAUAAUUCAAGUGAAAAGUGCAACGCAACUUUUCCCAACCCUCCUGGCCUCAUCACGGUGAAAUUGCAGACUGUGGACUCCAUCAAGUUUAGCUGGGCCUUUCCAGAGGACAUGGACCACUCUCCAUACAACUUCAGUGUAUCCACUGUCAAAGGCUCUGUUAUAAUCCAAGACAACUGGUUCCUGCUAUCCGGUCUCCAAUCUGGAACUCCCUACAAUAUCUCUGUUGUUACUGUAGGCGUGCAGAAUCAUGAGAGCACAGCUGUGACAGCAGAAAACUACACCAGACCGUAUCCUGUAACUAUGCUGAGACAGACAGAAAUCACCACAAAUUCAGUGACUUUGGUGUGGGAGCAGCCGGACAAAAAAUCGUACUACUCAUACGUGGUGCAGGACACAAAUGGAUCUCUUUCUCAAAUCAGAAAUACAACAUACACAUUCACUGGACUUCUUUCUGGGAGCAACUACAGCUUCAUUGUCACUACACAAGCAGCAGAUGGCACCCCAGCAGAUCCUGUGACAGUAUCCUACUUCACACGGCCACAUAAUGUUAGGGAGUUGCAGGCUGAAACCUUGAACACAACUGCUAUACGUCUGGUUUGGAUAAAACCGCAAGAGUACAAGGAUGACUAUACAUAUCUGGUUAAGACAACUGUAUGUGGCAACAAAAGUAAAACCCUGGCAGAAGAAGUCACAGAGAUCUCAGAGCUCACCCCUGGCACCGCCUGCACCUUCUGUGUUUUUGUCAAGGCCAAGGAUGGCAUAGAAGGGAACGCGUCCUGCAUCUCUCAGUACACUAGACCUGAGGCAGUGCACCCCAGUGUCUCCAGCCAGGGCUCCAAUAGUUCAAUCCUGGUGUCAUGGACAAAUCCUCCUGGGAACGUGGAGUAUUAUAUGGUUUAUCUAGCCAGCACUUCCUCAGGUUUUCAGCCACAGUUGAUUAAAUCUACCAGUACCUCUGUGCUGUUUGAGAGCCUGUCAGCUGGAACGAAAUAUACCGUCUGGGUGAUCUCACAUAGUGGACCCUUCAAUGUAUCUUCUGAAAAGAUCACUAAUGCUACCUUUCCAAACCCUCCUGGACCAAUUGAGAUCGUGAUGAAGACAACCGACUCCAUUACCAUUAAAUGGAUGGCUGCUCCUCUGAUGACCAAUGGAUCAUUCUACUACAAGCUGACAAAUAUAUCAUCCUUGGGAAGUGGAUACAUCAAUACCACACACAACAGCUAUACUUUUGCUUUCUUGGAUUCUGGGACUUCCUACAACAUCUCUGUGGUAACAGUUGGGGUGAUGGAUUUUAAGAGUGACAGGGUUCAGAGUUGGGCCACCACAAAGCCAUUCGGUGUGAGGGAUCUUGAGGCUUCUACAGGCGAGAAGAGCAUUACAGUCAAGUGGAAAGAACCGGAACAAACCAAAACCAGCUAUAGUUACAAUUUGACCUUGCAAAUAUCAGAUGGUCCAAUCACUUACUAUUACAAAAUUAAAAAACAAGAACAUACUAUCAACGACCUGGUUCCUGGCAGCCGCUACACAGUGAAAGUCAUCACAGAGACCUCAGAUGGAACACAGAGUGAUCCAACCUCAAUUUCCAAAUGCACAAAUGCAAGCCCAACAAAAAUGUUUUCAUAUGAAGCUCCAAACAAAAUAAAUGCAGAACUCAUCCUGUCCUGGACAAAUCCUGAAGGCAAUUACACAGGCUUCCAGAUCACUGGAGAUGACAUCCCUGAGGCAAACUUGAAAAGAACCUGCAACCCAAACUGUAGUCACACUAUCACUGGGCUCAACCACUACUCUGUGUACAAUCUGAGUUUGAAGGUGCUGAGCUGUGGAUUACCCAGCACUCCGGUGUCUCUCAGCUGCAAGACAGGCAUCACAAAGCCACCAAUUGCACAAGAUUAUGAGAAACUGGUAGCAGUGACUGAGAAAACGUACAACAAGUUCUCCCUUCAGAUCGAUUCCAAGCUCCUGGAUGACACGAAAGGUCCAAUCACUCAUGUUGGUGUUCUGGUGGCAAACAAUCUCCCUAAAACUAACAGUUCUGAUCUGACGAUCUACUUGGGGAAAACGUACAAACAGUGGACUGAAAAGAGUACUCUUGUAUACCUGGCAACAGUGAAAGACAACAACAUCCAAUCACGCAGUGGAGGGAAUGAUCUGAGCAUAGAAAUAGGAGAUGAAGAUCAAUAUGGCAGCUACUCUAAUGGUAUCCUCAAGGCCACUGGAAAAUACCAAUAUGCCAUCGUAUUGUUCACCAGUCUGAUUCUGGAGAAUGACCUUGUGAACAUUCAGACGUCACUGUUCUCAAUAACAUCUUUAUAUUCUGCUGUAGUCCUCCCACAGAACCCAGCCGUCAUUGGAUUUGCUGUCGGAACAACAUUGGGAAUUUUUUGCAUUCUCUUCCUCAUCCUCAUUGGCUUCAUUGUCUACUGGAAAAGGUUAUCCAACAAAGACUCAUCCGAUAUCCAAAUUCAUUCUAUGAGAAGUGUGGCAGUGAGGGUGGAGGACUACGAGGCUUACUACAAGAAGCAGAAAGCAGACUCCAACUGUGGCUUUGCAGAAGAGUUUGAGGACCUGAAGCUUGUUGGUACAGGUCAGUCAAAAACAAGCGCUCUGACUCUGGAGAACAAGCCCAAGAACCGCUACAACAACGUGCUUCCUUAUGACUCGUCAAGGGUGAAACUCUCUAUUAUCCAUGGGAGUCCAUAUGAUGACUACAUCAAUGCUAACUACAUGCCGGGUUACAACUCGAGGAAGGAAUUCAUUGCAGCUCAGGGUCCUUUGCCCACAACAGUCAGCGAUUUCUGGAGGAUGAUCUGGGAGAAGAAUGUUCAGACCCUGGUCAUGCUGACACGCUGCAAUGAACAGGGAAGAGUGAAAUGUGAGCAGUACUGGAAUUCUGGCAGCAGGCACUUUGAAAACAUCACUGUGAAAACAACCUCUGAAAUACCACUUGAAGACUGGACCAUCAGGGACUUUGACAUCAAAAAUAUGAAAACAGCCGAAACCCGCACAGUGCGCCAGUUCCACUUCACAGCGUGGCCAGACCACGGGGUACCUGAAACCACUGAGCUCCUCAUCAGCUUCAGACAUUUGGUCAGAGAGCACAUGGACCAAUACUCCAGACACUCUCCUACUGUGGUCCACUGCAGUGCUGGUGUGGGGCGCACAGGUACCUUCAUAGCCAUCGACCGUCUGAUCUUUCAGAUUGAAAGGGAAAAUAUUGUGGACGUGUAUGGCAUCGUCCAUGAUUUGCGCAUGCACCGGCCCCUCAUGGUGCAGACAGAGGACCAGUAUGUCUUCCUAAACCAAUGUUCAAUGGACAUCAUCAGAUCAAGAACUGGAACCAAUGUGGAUCUAAUCUACCAAAACACUGCUGCACUCUCCAUUUACGAGAACGUAGAACCCAAAAAAGGUUUCCAAAAAAAUGGAUACCACAACGCAUAGACCCAGGAAACCACUUUCUUCUUUAGUCUUAGCAAGAAACUCAGCAGAUUUGUAAAGGGAAUACUGCAGAUGUUGUGCUGUAUUUAUUUUUUUAUAGUCCACCAGUGUCGCUCUUAUCAAGGAUCUUUUAGCUGCCCACAUUUAAACUUUUUUCCCUGGUAUUUAUUUGUUAAAAAUGUUGAAUGCUAGAUAAUGGAGAGAACUGUAUAUGGGGAUAUAAUAAUCAGUGACCAAAAAUAUUUGGAUUAUAUGUAAACUUUUGUCAAAUAGGAAAUUGGAUUCUUUGUUAUAAUGGCAUAUUUUUGUAUUGACUAGCUGUACUUUUUUAAUUUUUGGCUUGCUUACUACUGUAUAUGACUGCUCAGGUAUGUUGGAUGCUGUAUAGGUAUUAUAUACAAAAAAAUGUCAGAGAAAAACUUAAUUAAACCUUUGGAUUUGCCUUAUAAAUGUGCAUUUUCAAAACAUGUGUGCUUUAAUACCAGUAGGUGGCACUCUUCUAUUUCAGUUUUUACAGCUGAGGCCAGAAAUGACUGUUAUAUUCAUGUGUCACAAUCUAUCAUAUGACAUUUUACUGUACAUGCAACAAAUAACUUUUUGACAACUUUGCACCUCUUAAGUUAAUUUGAACUGUGCAAUGCCUUUAGUGAAGGAGUUUUGUUUGUUGUAGAAUCUCUUUAUGUGUAUGCACUGUAGUGAAUAAUGCACUGGAUGCAUUUUUAUGUUUCUACUCUGUCCACUUUUUGCCUGUUUUUUUUUGUAUCAGGAAUGUUUUGGCCAGUGCUUUGUGAAACAUUUUGAAACAAUUUGUUUUUUACAACACAUUUGAUUAUUACAAUUAAAGGAAACAAAUGUGGGUCACAUUAAACAAAAGUUCAGGAACUUAAACAAUGAAAGCUGAAUGUUUAACAGGUCGGUAUGGUAAUGUAAAGAAAAAAAAAACUAUACCGCACCAGUGUGUCGUGUGAAGAAUUUUAAGAUCACAUCCGUUGUUUAGAUGUUCAUACUCUUUUUCUCUACAUUGUACAUUCCUCAUAAACAGAACAGUUAUGUCACUUCCUGCUGCAUAUAUAAUCUAUGGACAUGUUAAAAUAAUCAGAGAAGCACAAGCUUCUUUUUUUCUCUUUUGCUUCUUAAGGGCAAAAUAUUCCAUGGGGCAGGUACGUUUUAUAAAGAAAAAAAUCAUUCAUGUGUGGUUAGCCUGUUGAUAUUUAAAUCUAUGUUUUGUUUCUAUUGUAUUAUAAUGUACUUAAAGAAAUAAUUAAAAGCACUUAUGUUUUUUUGAUGAAAAGCAAGAACAGCAAAUAGUCACAAAGGAUGUGUAGGAUGUUUUUGAAAUGCUUUAUGAAAUGCUUGCUGGUACAACGCAAAAAUAUGUAAAAUGAGCAAGGAUUUAUUAUUUGUGUACUGUCAAACAAAAUGGGAUUAAAUAUGUUAUUACAAUUA